AUGCUGGGGCGGGCGGCGGCACUGUCCGCGCCGCGGUGGCGCGGCGGGGUACCGGACCUGCGCGCCGCGCUGCGGUCGGGGGGCAACCUCCUCUUCGCGCUCUUCGUGGCGGCCGUGCUCGCAUUCACGCUCCUCGCGGCGGUCCACAGCCCCGACGAUCCGCUCCUCCACCCGUCCUCGCACCAGCUCACCGAUUUCCUCACCUCCUCCACAUCCACCUCCACCUUCCUCACCGACGACUCCGUGCUGCGCACCGGGGAGGACUUCAACUCCUCGUCCACCGGCGCCGCCGGCGAGGCCGCCGCUGGGGGUGUCGAAGUCGUUGCGGAGGCCGUCCCGUUCAUCAAGCUCUCCGAAGUUGGCGCCGAGGCCGAGAAGACGGAGCCCGAGACGGAGCGGGCCGUCACCGUCGACACUGAUGCCGCCACGGGCGAGGGUGCGGCGGUGGCGGAGGAAACCGCCGUUGCGGAGGCGGUUUCCUGCGACACGGAGGCGCCCGUGGACUGCACGGGGGACAGGGAACUCUUCAACCUGCUCAUGCGCGCGGCCAUCGAGCGGUUCCCCGACCUCCACUUCUACCGCUUCGGCCGUCCGGUGGCGGUGUCGGGGAGUCCCAUGGAGUGUGACCUCGCCUGGCGCUUCCGCCCCGCUGCCGACGCCAUCGGCACCGGCCGGACCACAUACUACAAGGACUACCGCCGGUUCACGCUCACCCGCGACGUCAACACCUGCACCCUCGUCGUCGACUCCGUGGGUGAGUACCACUCGGGUGUGGGUGCCAAGCGCAACGGACGGCGCAAGGGGAAGAAAGGGAAGAAGGGGAAGCAGGAUGCACCAGUGACCGACUUCGUGCCUGCGAAGACACAGGUUAGGCUGGACGAGAACACUGCCAACAAUGAGGCUGCUGGGGCCACAGCGGAGCCGGUGUUUGUUGUCGGUGAGGCUGUCAAUGACAGCUUGCCAGUGGUUGCUUCUGAGUCCGAUUUCAGCCGUGGAAAGUACCUCAUUUACAUUGGUGGUGGCGAGAGGUGCAAGAGCAUGAACCAUUUCAUUUGGGGGUUCUUGUGUGCGCUUGGUGAGGCACAGUUCUUGAACCGGACUCUUGUCAUGGACUUGAAUGUCUGCCUCAAUGCACGGUAUACUUCGAGUGGCAAGGAUGAAGACAGAGAUUUCAGGCUCUACUUUGAUUUUGAGCAUUUAAAGGAAUCGGCAUCGGUGAUCGACCAGAGCCAGUUCUGGCAAGAUUGGGGAAAGUGGCACAAGAAAGAUAGGCUCAAAAACUUCUACACUGAAGACAUCAGGAUGACCCCAAUGAAACUUCGUGACGUCAAGGACACACUGAUCAUGAGGAAGUUUGGGAGUGUCGAGCCUGAUAACUAUUGGUCACGUGUGUGCGAGGGUGAGACUGAGGGAGUAAUCAAGCGCCCUUGGCAUUUCCUCUGGAAAUCUCGUCGCUUGAUGGAGAUUGUAUCUGCCAUUGCCUCACGGAUGAACUGGGACUUUGACUCGGUCCAUGUUGUCAGAGGGGAGAAAGCUCAGAACACACAACUUUGGCCAAACCUUGAUAGAGAUACCUCGCCAGACAGUAUUCUUGUGUCACUUAACGAUAAGGUUGGUGCUGGCCGGUAUUUGUACAUUGCUACCAAUGAGCCUGACAAAUCGUUCUUUGACCCACUUAAGGAAAAGUAUAAAACACACUUCCUCAAUGAUUUCAAGUACCUGUGGGAUGAGAAUAGUGAGUGGUUCACUGAAACUAAGGAGCUGAGCAAUGGUAAGCCAGUAGAAUUUGAUGGUUACAUGAGGGUUGCUGUUGACACCGAGGUAUUCCUGAGGGGGAAGAGGCAUGUGGAGACGUUCAACGAGCUUACGCGUGAUUGCAAGGAUGGCGUGAAUACAUGCCCAGCUUCUUCCUGA